ACGACUACGACUGAGACUGAGACGAGAUACAUCGUGAAAAAUGUGCCUCGAUCUCGGACGCACGGAGCUCUACAUCUCGGCCUUCACGAGCAAUGCCGCUUCAAAUUCCCCAUCCCAAGACCCCUCUUCACCUCUACCGGCAUCUUCUCCGCGAGUCCACCUAUCUCCCGGCUCUAUGCCGGCCCUGGGUCGCCUGGCGCAUCCAACAGAGAUUCCGUGACUGUCGUGAUAAGCAACCUGCGACCACCAGUAUCAAUAAGGCCCAUACCUCGCUCCGUUAUCUGCGCUCCGCCAAUGCUGGCAAUAUCCACCGCAUCGAGCGCCUCUGCUUCAUGGCCACCGGCCGAGUUGGCAAGCGCCGCCGUAUCCUCACCUCUUCCCAGCUCGCCCGGGCCCCUCCUACCGAUACCACCGCGCUAGAGCAAUCCCGUGUCCAAAAUGUCGUCACCUCUUCCCCGUCCAAUGGCGCACCCGGUGUCACCAGUGCUUCCGCUACGCCUACCAGCCACGAUUGGCUUGAGAAUUGGUCAAUCGACAUGAUCGAGGCCCUCGCUCGGUCCCAAGUUUCCCAGCAAGCCCGCGACUGGCCCCAAAACAUGCGUCGCGCCCUCGAUACCAGGCACAUCACGACCGGUACCAAUUGCUUCGGCCAACCCUACGGCCGUAAACUGGUUCGGAACAAGCUGAAGAAACACUGGGCCAGCGUCCUUAAGCAAAUCUUACCUCCGCUACCUCGCGGUGAAUGGGAUCACCUGGCUGCCCUAGUCCAAGCUCAGCCGAGCACCGACGAGCUGAAAAUACCCUCGAGGAGGCCCGUCGCACGGCCCGUUCAAGGCCAUAGUCUUGCCUCUAUGAGUGAGCCUUGGGAUUGGACCCAACACGUCCUCAAACCAGCACGUGUUAUAGAGAGGGGAAGCAGCCGCAAGCAGAAGUCUCUCACUGGUAAGGAGGACCAGGACCCUCGCGGCCAUGGCAACCCCAUAGGUGUUCGAGUCAUUAGUCCCCGGGUGCUCCAGCGCCUAUACGCCCGUAUCUGGAAUAUGUCGCCCCUCAUGGAAAAGAAACCCGGAAUGCAGAAGUGGUCUGUGUCUUGGGGGAAGGAGGAGGAUAGAAUCUCAGCACCAUCGCCUAGAGAUCUCUUUUUCUUUGAAGGUGUCGCAAAUGACGGAAGCCUACUGAACGGGGGGAAACAGUCAUCGACAAGUAAACAACAUCGAGAAGUUAAGGGCGGCUAAAGAUAUCUAUGCUACUGCUGUCGUACAUGAUCUUAACGUCAACCCCCUCCCCCCCUUCCCCCUCGAUUGAACACUGCCGAGGUUUAUACUGGGUAAUCUAUGGCUUGUCCUGACUGUCUGU